AAAAAAAAAAAACACUGUUUUUUAUUACUCGUCUCUCAUUGCUCGAGCGACGCUUGAUCUGAGCUCCUUCUGGUCGAGCUCAAGCUUCAAUCCUCCAUGGCAGAAGCUUGAAGCUCCCUUGCUUCCUCUCUCCCCAUCUCUCUCUUAGUCCCUCUCUCUCUCCAUCUUUCUCUCUUCGCCCCCCUCUCUCCCUCUCUCUCAUCAGUAAAUUUUAGGGCUGGGCAUCUGAGGACUGCGCUUCCUUGCCUCUUCUCGUCACUGUGAUUCCGUCAGUCGAAGCCUCGGCGUCACACGCCACCGCACAGGCGACACCAUUGGUUCGCCGUGAGCUGAAUCGAAGCCUCGGUUUGUUUCUUAGAUGUUGAAGUUACAUAUAGAAGAGAAAAAUGGUUGUUACAAUGCACUUUUGGAACCCAAGACUUGUUCAAUACUUCGUUCGAAACUUUUCUCUGUGGUCAAUGAAGAAGGAUCCAUAUCUUGAAUCAGCGCUGUCUAAGAAUCGCCGAUGGAUAGUGAAUAAUCAAAUAAAAAACAUCAUCCUGAGGUGCCCUGAUCAAGUAGCAACAGUGAGAUUCAUUCAGAAGAAGUUCAAGACCCUUGAUCUCCAAGGAAAGGCUCUCAAUUGGCUCAAAAAGUACCCAUGCUGUUUUCAAGUCUAUUUGCAGGGUGAUGAGUACUACUGCCAGCUAACAAAACGAAUGAUGGGUUUGGUGGAAGAGGAAGAAUCUGUUAAAGACAUGCAGGAACCUGUGUUUGUUGAGAGAUUAGCAAAGUUACUUAUGAUGAGCUCCAAUAAAAGACUAAAUGUUGUCAAGCUUAAUGAACUAAAGCGGAACUUAGGUUUUCCAGAUGACUAUUUGAUUAGACUUGUGCCAAAGUAUUCUGAUAUGUUUCAGAUUGUUAAUUAUAGUGGGCGGAGGAGUUCCAUGGAGAUUGAGCUGGUGUCUUGGAAUCCAGAUUUAGCGGUAUCUGCUAUUGAAGCUUCAGCUCACAAUCAAGGAACUGAGCCAUGUUUCACAUGCUCAUUGCCUUCAACUUGGGUCAAGUCAUGGGAAAGAUUUCAUGAAUUUAAUGCGACUCCUUAUAUUUCACCCUACUUUGACUCCAAAGGCUUAGUGGAGGGAUCAAAGGAGAUGGAGAAGAGGACGGUGGGUUUGGUGCAUGAGUUGUUGUCAUUGACUCUAUGGAAGAAAGCAUCAAUUGCAAAGCUGGGACAUUUUCAGAGAGAAUUUGUUUUGCCAGAGAAAUUGAACGUUUUGCUGCUCAAGCACCCUGGCAUAUUCUAUGUCUCAAAUAAGUAUCAGAUCUAUACUGUCCUUCUUAGAGAAGGUUAUAAUGAGCAAGGACUGGUAGAUAAGGAUCCACUUGUUGUUGUGAAGGAGAAAUUUGGAGAACUUAUGCAGGAGGGGCUUCAUGAAUAUAACUGCAGGCGCCAUUUGGUAAAUCUAGAAAAGAAGAAAAAGAAAGGCAUGGUUUUGGGUAGACCAAAUGAAGGCAAGGACAGGAGCUCUGAGAUGUCUGACCCUGAUGAUCAGGGAGAUAGAGGAGGAUUGUUUGACCCAGAAGAAAGAAAGCGAUUCUAUAAGGUUCUCUUUGAUGAUGGUGCCUGAUAAAAGGAAUCUGCUGAUGAAGCUGUCUUUCCCUGUGUGCUCAAGAUUUUACCCAACUGUGUUUUCAACAAGAAGGAUCCAAUUGUGUUGGGAGUUGAUGAUCUGGAAGGCAUUGCGAAGGUUGGGACUCCAAUUUGUAUUCCGCGAAGGGAUUUUAUUACUAUUGGGCGAAUUGCAUCCAUUGAAAAUAACC